AAGUCAGCAAAUCGGGUCCAAGGAUGACGGUGGGAUUUAAUCCUGAAAUGCCGGUGGUUUCAACAAGCCUUCAGCCUCCGGUGCCACGUCAGGCUGGGGCAGGCGAUGGGGAGGGCGGAGCCGGCCCGGGCGUGUAACAAUCCCCAGGUCUGUGGACUGGGAGCCCCGGGGUGACCUGGAGUUCCUCCCGCCUCGGCAAUGAUCACGCUCAUCUUUCUCCUCCUGCCGCUGCCGCCCUUGGCUUCCGCGGGUUUGUCGAAGUUCAUGUUCGUGCUGGCCGAUCGAGAUAUCCAAUGUUUCUUCGAAGAGGUCGAAAAGGACACGGAGUUUCAAUUCAUGUUCCAGGUGAUUGCGGGUGGACACUACGAUGUAGAUUGCUUCAUUGAAGACCCCAAAGGGCAACUGGUCUACAGAAAACACAGGAUGCGGCAAGAGCACUUCAAAGAAAAGGCAGAGCUGUCGGGCACCUACAAGUUCUGCUUUGGCAACCGGUUCUCCAGCUUCACCCACAAGAAGAUUUAUUUCCACCUUCAGAUAGGCAAGAGACCUCCUGUGGUCUCUGGUGACUCCAGGAAACCUACUGCUCUUACCCAGCUGGAGUCUUCCUGUACCGCAGUCUAUUAUUCUCUGAGUCGCAUGGCUGUCCUGCAGUCACAACAACGUGUGCAGGCACUGAUCGACUGGCUGCAUGCAGAUAGUAUCAACACCCAAGUCCUGUACUGGGCAGUGAGCCAGACCGUUAGCAUUCUCCUGGUUACAACUGCACAGAUACAACUUUGAGGUUCGUCUACUUUCAAGCCCUCAGAAAACAACGAAAUGAAAUAGAAUUAAUGAAAAAUCCCACACAGCAAAGACCAACAAACAUCCAAAGUGCAAAAUUGUGGAAGCAUUAAAAAAGUAAACAAGUAACGCACAGAACAUGAACUGCAGACUCCCGGAAAGUGAGUUCACAGUCACGGAGCCAGUUCAGCACAGAGGCGCGUGCGCUCACCCAGAGGUUCAACGACUGCAGGCCACAGUCACGGAGUCAGUUCAACACGGAGGCAAGUGCGCUCGUCCAGGGGUUCAACGACUGCGCAGUCAAGAACAUAAUUCAGUGCAGAGGCAAGUGAAGUGUGUCCAGAAGCCCCACGCAGCAGGGCAGCAAUUACUUCCGAACUUGGUAGUGUGGACCCAAGACUCCAGCGCCUUCCCAGUCAAUGCCGGAGGAGUUUGUGGGGGGGGGGGGUGCUCUAUGCUAAGAGAUCUGAUUUACAAAGUGAAGUUACCAUGAGAUGUUCUCAUCUGUGGUAGACAGUGUGUUAUGUUAAUCGGCCUGCGUCAAAGCAGACAGCACGGUAUCUGCACCUCUGUGACAGAGUUUGAGCCAGCAGAGCAGACCGAUGCUGUCACUUAGCACAUCAAACGUGCUGACAGGUGUGGAUGGUGAUCCUGAGGGUGAUGGUGGGGAUAUUAGGGGCGGCAUGGUAGCACAAUGGUUUGCUCAACACUUUAAAGUACCGGUGAUCUGGGUUCAAUUCCCACCACUGCCUAUAAGGAGUUUCUACAUUCUUCAUAUGGGUUUCCUCUGGGUGCUCUGGUUUCCUCCCACAGUCCAAAACGUGAAAUAGCCCCAUGAUUAGGCCAGGGUUAAAUCAGAAGUUGCUGGGCAGUGCAGCUCGAAGAGCCGGAAAGGCCAGCGCUGCACAGUAUCUCAAUAAAGUAAAAUAGAAGUAUUUGGGUACUCAGAUUCAUUCCAGACACCAUCAUCUUUGAGUGUCUGGGAUUUCUGUCCCCAGAAGCUUUUAGACCAUCUGUGUGAAUUACUUUGCCCCAGCAAAUGUGUUUGAUGUAUAAAAGAUAUUAAGAGGAAUAGAUAGAGUGGACAGCCAGCGCCUCUUCCCCAGGGCACCACUGCUCAGUACAAGAAGACAUGACUUUACGGUAAGGGGAGGGAAGUUCAAGGGGGAUAUUAGAGGAAGAAUUUUUACUCAGAGAGUGGUUGGUGCGUGGAAUGCACUGCCCGAGUCAGUGGUGGAGGCAGAUACACUAGAGAAAUUUAAGAGACUACUAAACAGGUAUAUGGAGGAAUUUAAGAUGGGGGGUUAUAUGGGAGGCAGGGUUUAAGGGUCAACACACCAUUGUGGGCCAAAUGGCCUGUACUGUGCCGUACUAUUCUAUGUUCUAUUCAGAUAUGUCUCCCACUGCAGAUAUGUAAUUCAGAGGAAGCACUGUCAACCCAAGGUAUUGAAGUAAACAAUGUCAUUGUAACUAUUGAAAUUGUAUAGACUUAGCUAUAGUUACCUUUGAUCUUAAGGGUACACAAUGGGAUGUACUUUGAGUUUGGGAGACUCUAUUGAGAGGGUCUCCAGUAGAGUACCUGAUUCUUUUAAUGAAUAAAGACCACUAUAUCACUGGCUUCAGUCACCCACCGGGUGAUGAUUGAUGAAACAAGUUGGUCAAGACUAUGCUUUGACAGUAUGACAAAUACAAUAAAUGUCCGACUUAGAUUAGUACAAUACAAUUUUUUACAAUUAUAUAUUACACCACAAAAAAUAAAUAGAUUAAACUCAAAUUUAUCUGACCAAUGUUUUCGAUGUAAUCAAGAAAUUGGUACUUUUUUACACUCUACUUGGUCUUGUUUAAAAAUUCAACCUUUUUGGAUAAAUUUAAGACUUUUACUGCAACAAAUUAUUGGAAUACAACUUCCACAUAACCCAAUAUUAUUUUUAUUGGGUUAUGUGGAAGCAGUAAACCCUUCCACAUAAAAAAAAAGAGAAAGGAAGAAAGAAGAAAGAAAGAAUGCCUGGAUAUCGGAAGAUCCCCUCAUGCUCCAUGGAGUACAAAAUAGCUUUAGAAUAUAUCUUUAUUUAUUUUUUUCCCCCAAAUAGCUAAUAAGCCCAGAUCCCAGUCACAACAGUCAGUAGCCUUCCAAGCAUCUCUGUCUCUGAUCUUAAGACCCGCCAUAAUAUCUAUCUCUUUGACAAAGGCUUUUGUCCACCAGCCAUGAUAUCUCCUUUAGUAGAAACUGAAGUAUUUGGGUCACACAGCAUUUGUGGAGUGGUUGCAGUAUUUUCCAUUUUUAUUUCAGCUUUAUAGCACCUGCAGUAUUUUGCUCUACAGUUAAAAUAGCCCUUGUCUGGGUUGCUGUUAAUAUUUGCCAACUUGCAUGAAGUGUCAUAAAUUGUCCUUGUUACAUUAAAAACCAUAAGACAUAGGAGCAGAAUUAGGCCAUUCAGCCCAUUGAGUCUGCUCCGCAAUUCCAUCAUGGCUGAUUCAUCAUCCCUCUCAAACCCAUUCUCCUGCCUUCCCACCAUAACCUUUGACAUUCUUACCCAUCAGCCUCUGCUUUAAAUAUACCCAGUGUCUUGGCCAUCACGGCCAUAUGUGGCAAUGAAUUCUACUGAAUCGCCACCCUCUGACUAAAGAAAUACCUCCUUGUCUCUGUUCCAAAAGGACUUCCUUCUAUUCUGAGGCUGUGCCCUCUGGUGCUAAACUCCUGCACUAUAGGAAACAUCUAUAAAGGCUUUUAGGGUCAAUGUAAGUCAAUGUCCCACACAACACUAAACGGGUCAGGAGCUGAGGAGUGCUGGGCCUGGGGUUGGUGGAUUAAAACCAGUUGAUUUGACCCAUACAACAUGGAAAAAGAACCCUUGACCCAACAAAUCUAUGCCUGCCAAGAUGUCUAUCUUAGCCAGUCCAAACUUUCUGCAUUUGGCCCAUUUUCUACUAAAUCUAAGGGAAGCACAGCAACAUUGCAGUUGCUACAGGAGUUGGAAUGUUAUGUUGAAGUUGUACAAGAUGUUAGUGAGGCCUAAUUUGGAGGAUUGUGUGCAGUUUUAGUCACCCAUCUACAGGAAAGAUGUAAAUAAUGUUGAAAGAGUACAGAGAAAAUUUACAAGGAUAUUUCCAGGUCUGAAGUACCUGAGCUAUAAGGAAAGAUUGACAAGGAUAGGACUUUAUUCCUUGGAGCGUAGAAGAUUGAGAGAUUUGAUGGAAGCAUCCAAAAUUAUGAGGGGUAUAUAGGAAGAGUGAAUACAAGCAGGUUAUUUUCCACUGGGGUUGGGUGGGACUACAAUUAGAGGUCAUGGGUAAAGGGGGAAAGGUGAAAUUUUAGUGUGAACAUGAGGGGAAGCUUCUUCGCUCGGAGUGUCAUGAAAGUGGAACAAGCUACCAACACAAGUGGUGCAUGCAAGCUCGAUCUCAACACUUAAAAGAAGUUUGGAUAAGUUACAUAGAUGGUAGGGGGAUGGAAAGCUAUGAUCCCUUUGCAGAUUGUUGAGAGUUGGCAGAUUAAUUGGUUUGGCAUGGACUAGAUAGGCCUACCAUCCUGCUUCUGUGCUGUACUUUCCUAUCACUCUAUGACUAACACAGCAUGGUAUCUGUUAAAAGGGGAAUCAAUUCUUGCCACUGUGUGUAAGGAGCUUGUACACUCUCUGUGUGACUGGAUGGGUUUCCUUGGGUCCUGCAGUUUCCUCCCACAUCUCAAAGUUGUGUGGUUAAGGUUAGUAAGUUGUAGGCAUGCAAUGUUGAUGUUGGAAGCAUGAUGACACGUGUGUGCUGACUAGUACGAUCCUUGCUGAUUUCAUUUGACCAAACGGUGCUUUUUACUGUAUGUUUUGAUGUACA